CCCACAGGGACACCCACACCCACGGCCUCCCAGGAUGCUCCCAGUGGGCCGCUUCCGGAGGUUUGGGUGAGGACAGUGCGUCUCAUGCAGGUUCGGCAAGAUGUCGGUGAAGGAGGGUGCGCAGCGCAAGUGGGCAGCGCUCAAAGAGAAGCUGGGGCCACAGGACUCGGACCCCACGGAGGCCAACCUGGAGAGCGCGGACCCCGAGCUGUGCACCCGGCUGCUGCAGAUGCCGUCCGUGGUCAACUACUCGGGCCUGCGCAAGCGGCUGGAGAGCAGCGACGGCGGCUGGAUGGUGCAGUUCCUGGAGCAGAGCGGCCUGGACCUGCUGCUCGAGGCCCUGGCGCGCCUGUCCGGCCGCGGGGUGGCCCGCAUCGCCGAUGCCCUGCUGCAGCUCACCUGUGUCAGCUGCGUGCGAGCCGUCAUGAACUCGCAGCAGGGCAUCGAGUACAUCCUCAGCAACCAGGCCUACGUGCGCCAGCUGUCCCUGGCUCUGGACACAUCCAACGUGAUGGUCAAGAAGCAGGUAUUUGAGCUGCUGGCUGCCCUGUGCAUCUACUCCCCUGAGGGCCACGGGCUGACCCUGGACGCCCUGGACCACUACAAGACGGUGCGCAGCCAACAGUACCGCUUCAGCGUCAUCAUGAACGAGCUCUCCGACAGCGACAAUGUGCCCUAUGUUGUCACCCUGCUCAGCGUGGUCAACGCCAUCAUCCUGGGCCCCGAGGACCUCCGCACCCGCACCCAGCUGCGCGGGGAGUUCACGGGGUUGCAGCUGCUGGACAUUCUGACGCGGCUACGGGACCUGGAGGACGCUGACCUGCUGAUCCAGCUGGAGGCCUUCGAGGAGGCCAAGGCCGAGGACGAGGAGGAGCUCCUGCGCAUCUGCGGGGGCGUCAACAUGACUAGCCAUCAGGAGGUCUUCGCGUCUCUGUUCCACAAGGUGAGCUGCUCCCCGGCAUCUGCCCGGCUGCUGUCCGUGCUGCAGGGUCUCCUGUACCUGGAGCCCACCCUGCCCUCCAGCCAGCUGCUCUGGGAGGCCUUGGAGAACCUGGUGAACCGGGCCGUGCUCCUGGCCAGUGAUGUCCAGGAGUGCACCCUGGAGGAGAUGGUAGAGCGGCUCCUGUCCGUCAAGGGGCGGCCACGCCUGAGUUCCCUGAACAAGGCCCACAAGAGUGUCCAGGCCGACCUAGGCCAGAGCCGGAAGGACGGCACGCCCCAAAACAGUGGCUCCCUGAAGGCGGGUGUGGAGGAGCAGCAGCCGGAGGCCGGGCUCAGCGGUCUGCACCUCACCGUGCAGAGGGAGAACAGCUCUGUGGCCCCACAGCUGCAGAAACCCGCCCCAGUCCCACCGGCUCCCCCGCUCCCAGGCUCCUCCCCAGCAGGGCCCCCUCCCCCACCCCCACCCCCCCCACCGCUCCCACCGACCCCACUGCCAGUCCUGGGGGCCCAGGCCUCCCCACCUCCUCCUCCACCUCCUCCCCCACCCCCUCCCCCACCCCCUCCCCCACCCCCGCUGCCUGUUUUUGGCUGGGCCCCACCUCCCCCACCUCCCCCACCUCCCCCACUCCCGGUCCUGGGGUGCCCCCCACCACCCCCACUACCUGGCCUGGACGGGGGCCUCCCUCCACCCCCACCCCUGCCGGGUCCCUCCGGUGCCUCUCCCGUGGGUGGGGAGGAGAUCAUCGUGGUGCAAGCGAUCCCGGCCCAGGGCUCUGCCCCGAUCCCCAGCCACCGGCGAGUCCUCGCUCCCGCCCUGCGCAUGAAGAAGCUCAACUGGCAGAAGCUACCAUCCAGCGUGGCCCGAGAGCAGAGCUCCAUGUGGGCCUCGCUGAGCAGCCUGGGCGCCGAGGUCGUGGAGCCCGACUUCUCCAGCAUAGAGCGGCUCUUCUGCUUCCCCGAGGCCAAGCCCAAGGAGCGCAUGGCCGCGCCCGCCAGGAAGGAGCCCAAGGAGAUCACCUUUCUGGACUCCAAGAAGAGCUUGAACCUCAACAUCUUCCUGAAGCAGUUUAGAUGCUCCAAUGAGGACGUCACUGCCAUGAUUCGGGCUGGGGACACCACCAAAUUCGACGUGGAGGUUCUUAAGCAGUUCCUCAAACUCCUUCCCGAAAAGCAUGAGAUCGAAAACCUGCACUCGUUCACGGAGGACCGCGCCAAGCUGGCCAACGCCGACCAGUUCUACCUCCUCCUGCUGGGCAUUCCCUGCUACCAGCUGCGGGUGGAGUGCAUGCUGCUGUGUGAGGGCUCGGCCGUCGUGCUGGACAUGGUGCAGCCCAAGGCCCAGCUGGUGCUCGCGGCCUGCUGCAGCCUGCUUACCAGCCACCGGCUGCCUGUCUUCUGCCAGCUGAUCCUGAAAAUUGGAAAUUUCCUCAACUACGGCAGCCACACGGGGGACGCCGACGGCUUCAAGAUCAGCACGCUGCUGAAGCUCACGGAGACCAAGUCCCAGCAGAGCCGAGUGACCCUGCUGCACCACGUGCUGGAGGAAGCAGAGAAGGGCCACCCAGACCUCCUGCAGCUGCCCCAGGACCUGGAGCAGCCCUCCCAAGCAGCUGGGAUCAACCUUGAGCUCAUCCGUUCGGAGUCCAGCACCAACCUGAAGAAGCUCCUGGAGAUGGAGCGGAAGGUGUCGUCCUCCAUCCCCGAGGUGCAGGAGCAGUACGCCGGACGUCUCCAGGCCAGCAUCGAGGCCUCCCGGGCGCUGGAUGAGGUGUUCCGGGCCAUCGAGGAGAAGAAGCUAGCGCUGGCGCGGUACCUGUGCGAGGACGUGCAGCGGCUGUCCUUGGAGGACACGUUCAGCACCAUGAAGACCUUCCGGGACCUCUUCGUGCGCGCCCUGAAGGACAACAAGGACUGGAAGGAGCAGGCGGCGAAGGCCGAGAGGAGGAAGCGGCAGCUGGCUGAGGAGGAGGCCCGGAGGCCACGGGGCGAGGACGGGAAGCCUGUCAGGAGGGGAGUUGGGAAGCAGGAGGAAGUGUGUGUCAUCGACGCCCUGCUGGCGGACAUCAGGAAGGGCUUCCAGCUGCGGAAGACGGCCCGGGGCCGAGGGGACGCAGAGGGAGGCGGCAAGGCAGCUGCCACAGACCCACCAAGGGACAAGGCGCCUGCGGCCACCAGAGUCCCCGCAGGAGGCACCGGCGGCCCCCCCUCUGAGCCCCAGGGCUGGGAUCUCUCCGACGCCACUGUCCCUAGCCCACAGCCCACUGCAGACCCGCCACAGGGGAAUGGGCCUGGGUCCCUGGAAAGGCGUUCUUCCUGGUACACAGACGCCAGUGACGUCCUGACCACCGAGGACCCCCAGAACCCCCAGCCUUGUCAGGGCGCCUGGCCAGUGGUGCUGGGCAGUGCGCAGGCCCUGAAACCUCUCAGGCUGUCUGGUGACAAGCCCCCUGGGGCCACGGGGUCAGGCCAAGAUGCUGAAGACCCCACAGCCCCUCAAGGCGUCCACUGGGCUGAGGCCGACAGCACCGUGGAGGGGACGCAGGAGGCUGACCUCCCUGCCACAGGCCCUGGCGUGGCUGCGGACAGGGAUGGGGACCAGGAGGACACAGCAGCCCCAGAUUCUGCACUGGACACGUCCUUGGACAGGUCCUUCUCUGAGGACACAGUCACGGACUCUUCAGGGUCCGGCACUCUCCCCAGGGCCCGGGGACAGGCCUCAAAGAGGAUGGGCAAGCGGAGGAAGAAGCGUCCCUCGAGGAACCAAGAAGAGGUUGUCCCUGACUCUGAUGAUAAUAAAACAAAAAGACUCUGUGUGAUCCAGUAAGGCCUCAGCCUUAAGCCCAAAGCCAAGUGAGAGUGCUGCGGCCGGCCCCACCGCGGUGGGCCCCCGGAGGUACUGCUGAGCUGGGCCCCUCCAGGGCCAGGCUGGAACCGGGCCCCUGGGAAACCAAAACUCUGUGCCUUACCCUCCGGGGAGGUGGGCCUCCCAGAGCUGCUUGGGGUGCUCUGGCCGAGACCCCAGCAGGCCCCAACGCCCGGCCUCCAGGCCCCCUCCUGGACAGCCUGCACGCCCCCAGCCCCCGUGUGGUCCGCUUUCUGAAUGCCGAUGCGCACGC